CUAACGACUGGCUAAUGGCUGUGUUACUGUUAAUGAGUUCAGGUAUGACAGGUUCACGACCUGUUGUUCUUAUGGAUUUCAUGUGGAUUGGAGUGAAACUUCCUGGGUAUGGAUGGGAGGACAGCAUUGUAAGUGCAAGAAAGAUGAUGUCUAAAUCCACCACCUCUGUUAAGUGAAGUUUUUCCAACUUAACAUAGAUGGCUUCCUUGACCCCUCUUUCGUACCGCCUGUCCUCUCUGUCAAGAAUGUGGACAUUGUUGUCAUCAAAGGAAUGUCCCUUUUCCUUAAGAUGUAGGUGGACAGCUGAGUCUUGUCCUGUGGAGGUGGCUCUCCUGUGUUGUGCCAUUCUUCUGUGGAGUGGCUGUUUUGGUGGUGUAGGUGGUGAAACAUGUCCAUCGUGAGUUCCUGGGAUGACCUCAAGUUUAUUCCAGGCAACAAAUCUUAUCAGUCCACAGAAAUAAACCAGGAAAUGAGCCUCAGUUUUAGGAUUAAUGCGUGGCGUUUCCACAUAAUUAUCAGAACAGUCUAUUGACGAAUCAGCUAAUCAUUUCAGCACGAAUGCCCCUGGUUAUAAUCAGUAUUAGUCUGAUUAAAUGUGGCCUUUUUGUUGUAUUUUGACUUACAAAUUAAAUUUUUUUUUUAGGCAAGACAACACUUUCACCCACCUUAUUUCACAUGUAUUAGCAGCAAAAAGAUAUUACAGUUGUACGCUGACAUAAGAUUUAUUUCAGUUUAUUACUUGCUUAUGUAGUAAAUUUAAAUGCUCAAAGUGGGUGGGCGGGUGUUUAAGUCAGGUGUUACUAAUUGGCACAUUAACAAACUACAACAGUGACAGUGAAUGUCGGGCUCCAGUGUUGUUUCCCCCCUCUGUUGAACAUUAGGUUUGCGUGUGUUUGAUUUUAUUUUCCAAUUACAGUCUCUCUCUCUACAUCACUGGAGAAAUAAGGUCAAAGUGGCCUCGAUGACAGUCUUAUUUCCCAACAUAAUUUUGGCAAGUCCUCUGCGGCGUUUUCUUGACUCCAGGCUGCAGUAAAUGUCCACACAUGAACCGCUCAGCCUGCACCAUCUGUUCAAUCACAAUGACUGCGGAUGGUUUGGGCUAAAAACAUCCAAUAAAAUGACAAGUGGAAAUCAGCUGCAGUGCUUUCCAGGGAGCCUGCAGGUUACUGUAUUUUCUUGGCUGCGUGAGGAGGUGGGUGGGGGUGUUGUGACACCGCCUUGCGUUGAUGACGCUUGCAGUCGGGAGACAUUUGGGCAGCCUAUGUAACCCAUAUACCGAGCAACAAAUGGUGCGCCCGUGCUGGGGACCUAAUGCUGGAGUUAGGAGCAUGUUUCCGCCGACCGUGUGGCAUUGAUGAUCGGUGCAGAAGCUGCAGCGGGAGGACAACAGGGCGCGCUGUCAUCUGUUGAUCGGAUUGGAGACAAUUAAGCGCAUUAUCAUGAGCCGCCGCGGUCUGACUUCCAGGUGAAAUUUGAGGAGGGUGAAAUGAUUCCAAAGUCAGGAAAAUCUCCAGCAGACUCGAGGAAAAGCGUCGGCAUCCAUGAGUUUGCAGCACUUGCCAGAUCCUCCUUAAAUGGCAUCUCUCAGGCAGUGAGGGACCAUGUGACUAAGCCCACCUCCCUGGCUCAGGGCCGGGUCGCCCACCUCAUUGAGUGGAAAGGCUGGCCCAAACCUGCCAACCCACCACCGGCAGCCCACUCCCACUUCAGCUCCUACUGCCAUCUGACUGAAGGAGAGAAGGAGGCUCGGUUUGCUGCAGGAGUGGCUGAGCAGUUUGCCAUAGCUGAGGCUAAGCUGCGUGCCUGGGCAUCUGUGGAUGACGACGACGAGGAAGACGACAACGAUGAGGACUUCCACACCAAUGAACAGACGCGCACUUUCUCCAGCUCAGACGCCGCCACGUCCAAGCCUACCACAGGAGCGCCAUGCCAGCCUGAGAUUGAUGGCCAAGAGGCACUGCCCUCCGACAGUCCCCUGGGCUCCAGCAGCAGCAGCCUGCUCUGUGGUAGGCCUGCGUCUCAUAAUGACCCACAUUCAUCCCAGACCAACUCACCUAUUUUACCCAGCGACUGCAUGAGUCCCUUCCUAGAGGAGGAAGAGGAGGAGAGGCUGGAUGGUCAUGAGGAGCACCUGGCUCCUUUGCAGGAGCAGCGCAGCGAGGUGUGUAUCCACCACAAACCCGAGUGGAGGCCUCGUGCCAGGAGCAGCAGGUUCGACUCCUGCUACUCCACUUCCGAGUCUCCUGGAGAGGAAGAUGAGGAGGACGAGGAGGAUGAGGGCAGCGUGUUUCAUGAGGUCCGAGUGUGGCACUGCAGCCCGAGAAGCUUCUUCUCUGACCGGGCCUCCUCUGGAGUGGCGUCUUUCGAUGAAGAGGAGGAGAGGGAUGAAGUAGAGGAGAAGAAGGAGGAGAAAGAGUUUUUGAUGUGAUUUGUUGUCCAUCCUUUCGUCUCUCUGAGUCCUUGUUGAUUCUGGAUAUGACAUAUCCUAUUCUGCUUUUCACUGUUAACAUCUCUCCGCUUCCUCCUCUUCCUCAUCUCCUUCCUCUGAUCAUCUCUUCUCCACUUGCUAGGACUGACUUUGAGCAUGUAGCAUCUGACAGAGUUGCCAGUUCAACUUGCCAGAGCAUCAAAGUAUUUCUCAUGGUAUCUGUAUCAUUUUAAGAGUACUUGUACUGGUACUAGAAUCAUAAUAUUUUUGACGAUACCCAUUCCUACCACUCACUGCCUUCAAUCUCUCAUCCACUCUAAACAGAGUUCAACCAGAAUGUAAAGCUGUUGUUCAAAUUGAGUUUUGUACAUUUUUGUGAAGAGUCAUGUGUUGCUAUUAUUGGAUUGGUUUUCUAUCUGUGUUUUCUAUCUAUUUUCAUGCUGUGUCAUGUGGGUCGGGCCAUGUUUGAUACUGAAAGUGUGAAUGUCCUGCAUAUAUAAAUAUGAGUUGUUGUUGCUCUUUUUGAA